GUCAUAGCCGUGAAGAGCAUCCGGACAGCGGCUGCCCAGGAAGAUAAACACACCUUGGACGCCAUCCCGCGCGCGCCUGGAGAGGACGACCUAAUACCCUCUCUUAAACACCCAUACAAGUCUACCUAACUACUCGGCUCGAGUCAUACUCCAAGAUACAGCCCUCGAGGGUGACCUGAGCGUCGACAUAGAGGCGUAACUGCACAUUAAAACUGACGCCGGGUGAACCUGCACGAAAGGAGCACUAUAAUAAUAAUAAUAAUAAUAAUAAUAAUUUUUAUUUAGUCCUGCUGCUUGACUACGAAAGGCGAUCACAAACUGCGGCCCAUUGGUGAGGACAAUACGUCACAUCCAGUCCCGCUUCUUGACCACCAAGCACUACUUGCAGAUCACUUAUCAUGGAUAUCAAGCCAGAGGAGUGUACUGUGUGUUUGGGCACCUACGACGAAGCGCUGCUACGGCCGCGCUCAUUGCCCUGUGGCCACACUUUCUGUUCGCAGUGCAUCGAGAAUGCCAUCAAGGAUGGCCAGCUCACCUGCCCAGGCUGCUCUGCCCAGCACAGUGCCACGGCAGCUACCCAGUUCCCGAUCAUUUACGGCAUGGAGGCCUUGAUUAGGAAGCUCAAGGGUACCCAGGUCACGUCACCGGAAGCCGCGCCAACAAUGCCCAGUCAGACACCUCCACGAGGCAUCAGCAAGAAGGUGCAGUCCCUGGUGGAGGAGCAAAAGAACAGCAUCAGCAGCCUCAUUACCGUUUGUGAGGGGGUACUGCUCCAGCUGGGGGAGUACCGGGGCCAGCUGGGGGACUGGAAGACACACCACCUCCAACUCCAGGACAGACUCUACGGUCUGGUAGAGCAGAACCAGGAGGCCAUGGAGCUCUUAGAUCAGGAGGACGCUAAUGUGGUGGUUAUGGCAACGCAAGGAGAGGAAGGGAAGACACAGCUGCAGGGCAUGUUGGGGGCCCUCGACACGAACAACACUGCACAGGAGAUUUUCAUCACUAUCGACAGAGCUGAUCAGUGCAAUGUGCAGGUCGAAGACUGGCUCCAGAAUUGCCAGCAAUUCUUUCCAGAUGUAAGCGCUGUCUCUACCUCAGUGAAGGUGCAGGAGACGAUCAGGGAGGCCUUGGAUAAGAUGACUACAGAGACAGAUGACACAGCUGCCCCCCUCCAUCUGGGAGACAAGGCCUCCACCAUUAUGGAGAAAGUUCGGGUAAUCACAAGAAGAAUCCCUCGCGAUCAGUCGAACAAUGUGAAGUCAGGUCUGAAGAAGAAGAAGAAUAGUGGGAAGGAUUCUUUAGUGUCAUCCCCCAAGGCUGGUGAUACCGAGUCACGAAUGGACAUGGCUGGUGAUAAGGAGCCGGUGAAGAAGACCAAGAAGAAGUCCAGGAAAAAUGCCGUCCCUCUGGCGGAUGUGUCCUUCACCAAUAAGCUGCUUAACGUGAUCAAUGCAGCAACUGCAAGUCAAGAAGUCGCCACCAACAUUAAAACAGUGGUCGAGGUUCUUAACCGAGGAACGGCCGAGCUGGUCAUUAUGGCGGCCAAUGGGCCUUAUUAUAAGUCUGUGGAAGAGUUACCCACUUUGUGUAAAGAGAAAAACGUGCCGUACGUUUAUGUCAAAUCUAUGGCAUUACUUUGUGCGGCAUGCAAUGUGUUUUCUGAAGAAGGAACGAGGGCAUGUGCUUUCAUCUCCAAGGAGGGUUCUAACCUUAAGCAUCAAAUUCAGAGCUUUAGAAAGAAAGCGGAAAAGCUCCAUCAAGCGAAAGUUAAUGUGGAACCGUGUACUGUAUAUGUUGGCAGUGGGGAUUGCCGGGUGAGCAUUGGUGGUGUGGUAGAGGGUUUUGAGAAUUUAGGCUCAUUUUUCAGUGUGAAUGUUAUUAGUGUUUGCAAGAACACCUUGAGCGAGGAAGGCGGUGGAGGCCAGAGCCAUCACCUCCUCCCCCUACAUGACAUAUUACAGGUUGUAGAGUUUGGGAGUGUUACCAGUAUGGGUGAAAACCUUGUCUCUCUCAAGUGGAAUAACCACAUGCCUACAUUUUUUAACCUUCUGCAGACACUACGAGAAAAGGGCUCUUAUACGGAUGUGACCCUAGCAUGCGGUUCAAAGUUUUUUGCUGUUCAUCGUCUGGUGCUGACGGCAUGCAGUGACUUCUUCACCGAGAUUUUCAAGGAAACACUUUGCAAAAAACCGAUGAUUGUGCUGAUAGACAUUAAGUGUCAAGAACUAGAAGCUCUGUUAGAUUACAUGUACCUAGGAGAGGCAGUGGUGCAACAAACAGACAUCCCAGGGAUUAUUAAAGCUGCCGAGUGCCUCAAAAUUAAGGGCUUGUCUGCUACUGAUGAGGACCCAACCCAGUUUCUGAAACCAAUGCCUCUGAGUGAUGGGCAGCAGCCGGAAAAACGUCGCAGACGAGACCUGGGAAAAGACGCGGGCAACCAAGAAAGCACCAAAUUACUCAGGAGGGAGAGCACUUGUUACAAAAUACUGCCAGCUGACAAUACAGCAUCGUAUAUGCCCCAUAGGACAAAUAAUAUUCCGGCCGAUGACAAGAUAGAGGUGAACCGUAGUAAAUGUGCCGUUCCACCAGCAAACGUUGAAGCCUCUCGCUUUACCGCUCCCGAAGCAGCGGCUGUCCAAUGUUCAGACAGCAUCGACGUGCAGCAGGGGCCAGAUGUCUCCCCCUCCAAAACACACAUGGCCCAAAUGCACCACAAUUCUCAGAUGCUGCACAACAUGCAGGCUCGUGACUUGCACUCGCAACCUGGACCACAAAUCCACGAAGACAUUGAUAUUCGUUUGGAAGACAUUGCUGAAAUAAAAAUUGAAAAUAUUGAAAUUGAAGAGGAAAUAAAGAACAGUGUAAUAAAAAGCGAAAUAUCACCGAUCCAAAAUGACCCUCUUAGCGAGUUGUUGAUGGGCAGAGGAGACUUCUCUCACUCAUUGUCUGUUGAAGAGAACCUUGCAAAUCACGUGUUUCAUCAAGCCCCAAAGGAGCAUCUCAUGCACCCUGUUUUACAACAAACCCCAAAGACCAACCUUGAACACCCUGUUUUUCAACAAGCCCCAAAGACCAACCUUGAACACCCUGUGUUUCAACAAGCCCCAAAGACCAACCUUGAACACCCUGUGUUUCAACAAGCCCCAAAGACCAACUUUGAACACCCUGUGUUUCAACAAGCCCCAAAGACCACACUUGAACACCCUGUGUUUCAACAAGCCUUGAAGGACAACCUUGCACACUCCAUGUUUCAUCAGGCCCCAAAGGACACCCUCACACACCCUGCGUUUCAACAAACCUCAAUGGCAGGACCUUCAGAACUGAGCAGAUUGGAGGUUGAUGACCUGCGGAGGUUGAGUGAGCCCAUCAAAAGCUUGCUAAAGGCCAACCGCGUGUUGGCUGUUCAGCACGACCAGUUUGGUAGCCGCUGUGCGAGACUAUCUUUACAAGCCGGGCGGGUGUGUCUCCACACACUCCUGCAUCACCGCCUACCCACGCACACCCACACCCUCCAGCACAGUGAUGUUAUGGGCUUGCUGGACCCGUCCUCUACCCUGGCGUUCCUUGACUUAUGGUGGGCGGGGUCAACAAGAGGGCAGGUCAUGAUCCGCCUGUCUCCUGACACAGGGCUGGCCAGACAGUUUGUGUUGUUGUGUACGGGCCAGCGGGGCCAUACAUAUCAGAAAACAAAACUGUUUCUGGUUUGGCCUAAGGAUCAGCCGGGGGAGUGCGUGGUGGGUGGAGACUACGAGGCUAAUGACGGCCGAGGAGGAGCCCCGCUGCUAGCCAACCUGGAGGGGCAGUACCGGAUGUCGGGAAAGGCGGGGACCGUGUGGUCACCCUGGGCGCUGGGGAGUGCCCAGUGUGCCCAGUUCUUCAUUAGCACCAGGGAGCUCCCCGAUGGUCAGCGUCGGCCACACAUCUUCGGUGAGGUGGUUAGCGGCCUGGAUGUGGUGAGAGCGGCAGCCAGCCUCGGAGACAUCACAGACGUGACUGUGGUGGACUGUGGCAUUGUGAUACCACUGUAGCACUUACGCUGUGGCACACUCUGAGAAAAUAUGCAAACGAGCUGAGCACUCCAUAUAAUUUAUAUUCCAGACACCUUUUUUGUACAGGAAUCUAACAGAUAUAUGCAAAAAGGCAAACAUAGUUCCAGUCUACAAAAAUGGUAGCAGGGAAGACCCCUCUAAAUUAUAAAGCCAUAUCAUUGAUAAGCAUGGUAGUCAGAACACUAGAAAAGAUGUCUGGCCUGGGUCAAGGAGCCACCAUUUCUGGCCUGAGUUAAGGAGCUACAGUGUCUGACCUAGUUUAAAAGAGCCACUAUUUCUGACUUGGGUUGAGGUAUACUGCUCAAAAUUAUAACAUUUUGAUAACGAAGUCCUACCUGAGCUCCUAUUUUCUGGGGGGAAAGCCCCUUGUGGCUCCCUGAAGCUAAGUCACUGAAACAGCUCCCAAUGACCAGGUGGCAUCAGCCGCAGAGUUCUUAAGUCUCCUGGAAACCAGAGCCAGAACCUGGGGCCAGAUUCACUGAGCAGUUACGCAAGUCCAGUAUCCACUCGAUUUAAUGGCCUCUUAAAUACUGAUCUGCCGGUAAUAACGACCAGUUUGGGAGACCGGUAUCUGGAGCCUCGUAUACCGGUCUGGCAGUUGAUAUAACCGUAGGUCGGUAUUGGGUUUGUUUCGAUAUCUGCGGGCCCCUCACAAGGCAACAGGCCACCGUCUUCCAAGGCAUUGAGGGGGAGAGUGUUGGUGGUGGUGUGGGAGGUAGUGUGUUGGUAGUGAGGAAGGCAGUGAUUGAUGGAGAGAGGCAUUGGGGAGGAGAGUGUUGGUGGUGGUGGUGUGGGAGGGAGUGUGUUGGUGGUGGUGGUGAGGGAGGCAGUGAUUAAUGAAGGAAGGCAUUGAGGGGGAGAGGCAGGGAGUGUUGUUGGUGGUGGUGGUGGUAAAGGAGGCGGUAAGGGAGGCGGAGGGAAGAAUUGCUGACCAGGCAAUGGUUGCCAAACCUCUCACCCAUACUGUAUUAAAAUUUGUAAUCUCAGUUGUAAACUAUUUAUGCCAAAAUAUGUUAAUUUUUGUAUAUUACUAUACAUUAUUAAUCAUUAACAUGUUUUAUGGUUUCCUAUUUAUUAAUUAAACAAAUAUAGUUUUAUUUACUAAUUAUGCACAGUUGGCAUCUGCGAGCAGGCGCUGACAGACAUGUCCGCCUCUACGCCUAGCCUCGACCCCGUUAGUAGCUCCCUCCUCCAUAGCCUGGUGUUCUCAUGUUAUGAGGAAGGCAGUGAGGGAGGGAUGGCAGACAUUGAGGGAGAGAUGGAAGGCAAUGAUGUCGGGAUGAGAGGCAGUGAUGGAGGGAGGCAUUGAGGGGGAGAGGCAGGGAGGGAUAGA